AACCGAGCCAUCCAGCAGCUGCUACUUGGUGUGACUGAUGGUUGCUUUCUGUGAGAGCUGCUCGACUGGAAGCUGGCCCGGCGCCGUUGACUCGCGACUUAAAGUGGAUGCAGCCUCUGGCCUCCUGGGAUAUGUCAUGUGACUUGGGCUGUGCUGUUGCAGCUCUCGGUGCAGAUCUGGAAGAAGGAGGCAGCCCCGUGGACUCCUUCAGUCUGGUGACUGGAUUGGUGAGGAGGCCGAUCUGUUGAGCAAUCACCGGCACAGUGGAAGUGGGCCCUGGGAUUUCCCAGCUGCUGGCUGCACCGGCAGUGAAUGUCCAAAGCAGCAGCAGCAGCAUCGUCUCUGCUUCCUUCCCUUCUUUUCCUCCUUUCCUUCGUCCCUGCCUGCCUCCUCUCCCUCCUCUCGCUGCCUUCUUACCAUCUUUCUUUGAUUCUCUCUUCGUCCUAUCUAUCCAUCUCUCUAUCCAUGCGUUGCAGAGUGUCGGGGGGCUGAGGGGCGACGACCGAUUCUUCAAACCCAGCUCCUGCUUCGUUUGUCGUGUUGAAAAAAGUCCACACGGUCGAGGAGGAGGAGGAGCAUCGGGACGACUCCGUCGUCGUGACCAACAGCGAACGGAAGGAGGCAGGAAAAAAAAAAAGAGAAAACAAAAGGGACACAGCAACGGACGGCGAGCGAGGGCAGGGGCGAGCAGAUGUUUAGAGAGCAGAAGAAGAGAGAAGGAGAGAGAAGCGAAUAGAUUUGAUUGGUAGCACUCGCGGACGCUGCACUAUUUUAUAAGAGCUCUCGUGGAGUGGGAGGGAGGGCAAUGGAAUCUUAGCUAUUAAAACGCCGGAAGACUUUUCCUUUUCUCCUCGUGUCCUCGUCCGCCAGCAACAAACAAGCAAGCAAGCAAUCGAGCGAGCGAGCGGAAGAUAUUGACGCACACAUGUGGGACCUGCAAGUUCAUAGCCAGACCGCCAUCAGCACCAUCGCACACCAUCGCACACCAUCGCACGCAGGAGAAGCACCAGCAGAGGCUCCAGCAGCGGCAGUUGUGUGGCUAGUUUUAGAAACGAGCAGCAGAUCCAUCUGAAAUUCUUUGCUUGCUCGCUUGUCUCCUCCUCUUCACUCCUCUUCACUCCACAUCACUCCACUGCUCUCGUGCUCUGCUGCUCUCCCACUCGCUUCCUGUGACUAGCAUGGGAGUGAGUGCGGGGGCGAGCAGGCGAGAUAGGUUGCUCGGGCGCCAGGAGUUAAUAGCGAUUUGAGGUGAGGCCGGACGCACACGGUCACACGGUGGGUGAGGUUCAUGAGUCAUCGAUUCGGUCGGUAGAAGAGCUGGGGCUGGGGCUGGGGCUGGUGGUGGGUAUGUGAGAGAGGUGGUAGGAGCAGCGUGGGACCAUAGCCAUCGCAUCGCGCUCGCUCUCGGUCGACUUUAACCGAGGGCGAGAAGAGAAGGCACUCGUGCUGCUACUGCUACACGACCACCUGCUCGCCUGCCUGAUUCACCGACCGAUUGGUGGAUUGAUUGAUUGAUUCGGGCGACCGAACUGCGACCCCAUUCGAAGUGGUGAGGCUAUUCGGGGUGCACAGAGAGAGCAGCGCUGGUUCGAAAUCCUGACAUAAAUCAAAUCAGGGCUCGGGGAGGGAAAAUCUCUUGCCCGACGGAAGCAGAGGCCAGGAAAUUCACACGAGAGGCGCAAGAAUUGUGCACAAGUAGAGGCAGUCGGAAUAAUGGACGUGAGUGUGGCUCGCACGUCGCUGGUGGUGCCGGCCAAACCGAUUAGGGAACACUGGCUGCCUCUGUCGAAUUUAGAUCGAGUAGUGAUGCCGACGUACGUCCGAGUGCUGCUGGUGUAUGGCAUUUCCGGGGCAGAGAAACGCAGUUACGCCGAGGUGUUACAGACGCUCAAGUACUCGCUGGCCAGGGUGCUGGUCGACUUCUACCCCAUGGCCGGGCGAUUAGGAGUUCAAGACGAUGGGCUCGUCAACCUUCAUUGCAACGGAGCCGGUGCCAUUUUCUCCGAGGCCUGCGCCAACCAGCCUCUGAAUAAUGUGGAAUUGGCCAGUCACAUGAGCGCGUUAUCGGGCAUGGACGUCGCAGAUAUCGGACCAGGGCCCCUUUAUGUUCCUUCCAGGGAAAUGCAAAUUCCUGCGCUAGUUAUUCAGGUGACGCACUUCGCGUGCGAGAACGUGGUGGUGGCGGUGAAUUGGCACCACACGGUGGCGGACAUAUACUCGGGGUGCCACUUCCUCAAGAGCUGGGCCGAGCUGGCGAGCGGGAGGACGCAGCCGUCGCUGCGGCCAGUGCACAGCCGCCACCUGGUGCAGCCGCGCGACGAGCUGGACAUAACGCUGGCGGAGCGGUGGGCCAGGCUGGCGCGGGUGGCGCGCGCGGCCACGGAGCGGGCGGAGGACCCGCCGGCGGUGCUGCGCGCCUUCGACCUGUCGUACGAGCGCGCGGUGGAGCUGCAGCAGAAGAUCGACCGCGACCGCGACCGCGAGGGGCGCGGCUCGGGCGUGGAGGUGUCGCUGAACCUGGCCGUCGCGGCCGCGGACAGCAGCAUCCUGGCGCAGCUGUGGCGCCUGCUGGCCAAGGCGCGUCGCGCCGAGGAGCCCGACGACGCGGACAACGCCAGCCGCCUCUUCAUGUUCGUGGAGGGGCGCAGCUUCCUGAACCUGCCGGCGGGCUUCUUCGGCAACGUGGUCGGCUGCGCCUGCGCCCGCAGCACCGAGGAGCAUCUGAUGGGCGGCACGCUGGCCAGCGUCGCGCAGCUGAUCCAGAGCGCGCUGGCCGAGAUCAGCUGCGCCGAGUUCUUCCAGUCGCUGAUCGACUGGGUCGAGGCGCAGCGCCUCUCGUCCGCGCGCCACGAGCAGGGCCUCUCGCUCGAGCACUACGUGGCCGCCACGCUCUGGACCUUUGCGCCACUCUACGGCCUCGACUUCGGCUGGGGCAAGCCCAGCUUCGCGCUCACCAACCCGGCGCCGCGCCGCCUCUUCGACGGGCUCGUCAUCCUGCCCGGCCCCCACCACGAGGCCAACAAGACGGCGCUCAUCCAGAUCCGCGCCUCGUGCCUCAACCGCCUCAAGGACGACCCCGAGUUCCUCACUCUCUGCUCGCCCGUGCGCUUCCUCCAGCCCGAGCCCCAAUCCCAAUCCUCGCUCUAGCCCCUCCCGCCCCUCCCGCCCCCUUCGUCGCUCGACCACCUAUCCCCAUCACUCACUCCCUCCCUCCCUCACUCACGCCAUUCUCUUCGAUCCGAUCACAUGCCCACGCAGUCACUCGCUCACUCCCUCCGUCAUUCAUUUCAUCCCUUGCUUCUUGGCCGUGUUGUGUGUAUUGAGAGCAACGCUGUCUCCGACACUUUGCCGGGAGGUGUUUCGUCCCUCGUCGGGGAUCGAGAUCACUCACGCAUUCGUUCGAUCGAUCGAUCAUUCAAUUUGUCAAGCGAAGAGAAGAAGAAGCAAUGACGAACGAGGUCUUGUCUCUUGGGGAUAGCGGGCGAGUGGUCUGGAGGGAGCUUGGGAGCAGAAAGGAAAGCCAUAGCUUGCUCCAUUAUCAAAACUAAAAAUUGAUUAGUCUCGGAGCUCGGACCCAUCGUUUCAUGGCCCGGCACGGAGGUGGUGGUGGCGGUGGUGAUGAUGAUGGUCGCAUGGCACGGAGCCCGUGGUCAUGGUGAUGAUGACAUGAUGAGUCCAGCCAAUAUUUUCGGAGGAACCAAGCUUCCAAUCGAAGUAGGAGGAUUCUUUUGUCGGAAUACAAUCAGGACUUCGAACGCAAUUCGAAACUAGACGAUCACGAACACGAACACGAAGCCGCAGACGAAGACGAAGCGACAAGGCUUGCACACUCGUGCGCAUAUGUGCACAACAGAUCUGUAAAUAGAAAUUUACUGGUCCGAUUCAUUUGUUCCGUGUAGCUACAUCCGUAAGGAUCUGAUCUACCUCAUCUCAGAGAUAAAGUUGAUACUCUUGCCAACAUCUUACAACAUCACCCGAGUCCC